ACUGAUAAUAUGCUAUACUACAACUAAGUUUUCUUCUCAUUCACUUGAUACUCUCUCUAAUAUUAUUCCUUUCUUCCUUCACUUACCUACAAUUCUUUUAUAAGUAGUACUAAAGCUUCAUCUUCAAACCAUAUAUAUAUAUAUAUAUAUAUGAGAGUUACAGUCCUUUGAUUAUAAACACAAAAUCAUAUCAUACAUAUAUAUAGAGAGUGAGAAAAAUUAAGUGAAAAUGGCUGAUUGGGGACCUGUUGUGAUAGCAGUGGUGUUGUUUGUGCUGUUAAGCCCAGGGCUAUUGUUCCAGCUACCAGGGAGAAAUAGAGUGGUGGAGUUUGGGAACAUGCAGACAAGUGGGCUUUCCAUUCUAGUUCAUACUGUUCUCUUCUUUGGUCUCAUCACCAUUUGCCUCAUCGCUAUUGGUGUUCAUAUCAACACUGGAUAAUCAUAAAAUCUACUUCUACUCUUAAGAAAAUAAUACUGUUUUUACACUUGUUAUGUGUUUUUAAUAAAGGGUUGAGUUUGCUUUUGUUAUUA